UCUUCAUCCUCUGGGAGUUGAAGAAAAUCAGAAAUUUUCUCCCAUUUCUUCUCACCCCUUUGGAUCAUUCAAAUUUUGAUAUUUUUUUAUUUUUAUUUUUGGUUUUCCUCUGCUGCGGUAAUUCAAUGCUUCCGUUGAUUUUAAUUGGGUUUGCAUGUCGAAAUUUUUUUGUUCCGGGGGAGGGAGGGGGUGAAAUUCUGCUAAUUUGAUAACGUUUCCUCUUGAAUUAGGGUUUUCUACGGCCUAAUGUUUGGAUUUUUUCAUGCAUACAGAAAAUUCCGCUACUUUGAAUUCGAUUGAUUGAGCCAAUUUUUUGCAUCCGAGGGAAAACUCAGUUGUUGUUCGUUUGGAAUUGAAUUUUUUGGAGUUAUAUUGGACUCGUGAUUUCGUGCAGUUUUUGCAGAAAUAAGGGUUUGUGUUUUUUGGUUUGGUUUAAAUUCCGUGGAAAAAGUGGCGAAUUGACGCCCAAGAGAGAGAGAGAGAGAGAGAGAAACGAAGUGAAGAUUUUGGUGGUGCUGGUUUUGCAAUGGACUGUAGGGUGUGCGCUUCGUCCGGGGACGCGUGGUUGAGACUGGGCGGACACGGGCGUUUAAGUGGUGGCGAUGUCGGAGGUCCGGGACCGGUGGGUGAUGGGUUCAGCCACGAAAGUGAUAGUGAUUUGGCGGCGAUGGUGAGGGAUUUUCUGGAGAACGGAAGCAUCGGUACAGACUCGAGGAGUAGCAGCGAUAGCGAUUCCAGUUUCUCCGAUCUUCCUCACCUCGCCGACAAAUUAUCAUAUAUCAAAUUGGCGGGUGAUCAAUACGAGAGUGACCUGCUCUCGCUGGUGAGUUCACUUUUGAUAUCCAUAAAUGACACCGACCUCCAGGCAGUCAAGUUGGGCCCUUGCAAGGCUAGCUGCAUCAAAUAUUCUCUUGUGAAGCUCUUGAGGCUUUUGGGUUAUGAUGCUGGUGUUUGUUCGUCCAAGUGGCAGGGCAAUGGCAAGGUUCCUGCAGGCGAUUAUGAAUACGUAGACGUGAUUAAAUAUGAUGAUGCCGGAGGCUCUGAUCGUGUGAUAAUUGAUAUCAACUUUCACAGCCACUUUGAAAUCGCUAGAGCAGUUCAAUCCUACGACAGAAUACUGACCUCUCUCCCCGUUGUCUACGUGGGCUCUAUACCGAGACUGAAACAGUUCCUCGAAGUCAUGGUCGAAGCUGCUAAAUCAUCCCUGAAGCAGAACUCGAUGCCUCUCCCUCCCUGGAGAUCGUACACAUACCUUCAAGCAAAGUGGGGGUCUCCCUAUAAACGAAAAUUCUAUCCCGACCAUCCAAAAAUCAGCCAGACAGCCGUCACCCAUCACCAUAUGCAAUGCCCUUUGCACUUGAAGCAGCUGAAAUCUGCACUUCAGUCCGAGAUUGAUGUAAAGCGAGUGUUCAGGCCGAUCAACAGUGACAACCGGAUGAUGAAUCUCGAGAGGUGGAGGCAUCCCUUCCGCGCUCUCUGAGACGCAGCAUCCAUGGAAGAAGAGGUAUCAGAAUAAAAAUCUCAGGAUAGGACCUGAGAAACAAAUGAGUAGAGUCAUGGAACCUUGCUGCCUGCUGCUAUCAGAACACCACAACAACAAUUUUGGUUUAUGAUGUGGGAAUUCUUUUUUUGUAGUCCCAUAUCACGUUGAGUUUUCACACCACAAUUUUGCUAUAUAGUUUUCCACUUUUACUAAUUUUUUUGGGGGGAUUUCUUUUUCCUGUGUGAGAGUUCUUAUACAGAACAAAAAAAAUUGUACGAAGUAAUACAUUCCAAACGAUGUUGUUCUUUCAAUAAAUGAAAAAUAAUAAUAUAAAAUUGUACCAAGUAAAAUUCAUUCUUUA